AUUUAUAGUUAAGAUUCAGGUCAGAAGUUGGGGACAAUCAAAACCUCUUCUCUUCUUUCUUUUGUCAACAAAGAAACAUUUCCAUUGAGUCUCUCUCAAUGUUCUUCUUCUUCUUCUUCUAAGAUUAAUUCAAAGUGUUUAAUACUUUUGAAAUUUUAAGUUUCUUUUUGGUCAGUUUCAAAUGGGUGACAUCAUCGGUCACAAGGAUAGGCAAAUAUGGCCACCCUCUCAUCAUGUUCUUCAAGAUCCAUUGUUUGAUCAUUCCAACAAACAUCAGUUGCAGAAAUAUGUCAAGAACCACCAUCACCACGGCAACGGUGAAUUUCGUCGGCCCGGGGCACCUCCUCUUAGACAAACAUUUCCUUUGAACUAUAAUACAAGACAAAAGCACCAAAGCAAUUGGCAAAGGAGUAAAGGAGAGGAUCGUAUGCAAGCAUUUUUCUUGGUUACACCGGGCCGUACAACUUCUGGCACCGGAGUUUUUCUUCCAGCCACGGCUUCUCAUCCACCCACCAAAAAAACAGCUUGCUCACCGGUGCUUCUCCCGACUCGUGUAGUUCAAGCACUCAAUCUUAACAUUCACAACAACGGUAUCCAUAUUUCUCCUCGUCCAGGUUCUUUUCCAACCAUUAUUUGUUCUCAUCGACCGUUAUUCAAAUACAUUGUGUUAUAUAUUACAAAUUAGUUUGAACUAUAGAUAUAUUUUGGUUGAAAUUGGUAACAUUGUUUCUUUUGAAUGUAGAAAUUAGAGAAAAUGAUUCGAAGAAGAAGAGCGAAAUGUUGGCAACAACACCUAUCAAGAUUGAAGCAGAAAAUCCUAUUGAUUCGCCGGAGAAACUUCUCCCCGAGGAAUGGAUUUAUUGAUGACCCAACCAUUAGUAUGGAAAAGUAGAAUCAAAUAAAAUAAAAUGAAAGAUUCUUGUGUUGAUGUUACAAAAGAAAAGAAAAGAUUCUUGUGUUGAUAAGAAAAGAAAAGAUUCUUGUGUUGUAUGCUUCGUCACCAUUGGAUUAGUAAUAAAA